AUGAAUCCUGGUUGGAAAGCUGCAAUGGAGUCAGAAUUACAAGCCUUGAACUCCAAUCACACUUGGGACCUGGUCAAAUUGCCUGCAAAUAAGAAAUUUUUAGCUUAUCUACACGAGGAGGUAUAUAUGCAAUACCCUCCUGGUCUUGAGUUGCCUUUUUCAUCUGUUGUGUGUCGCCUGCGUAUGUUUUUGUACGGGUUGAAGCAAGCUUCUCGUCAAUGGUACUCGAGACUUUCUUCAGCUCUUGCCACACAUGGUUUUGUUUCCUCUCUCAACGAUUAUUCACUCUUCUUUAAAGUCUCUGGUCAGCUCAUCACCAUCAUUGCCGUGUAUCUUGAUGAUAUCCUGCUUAGUGGUAAUGAUACAUCAGAAAUCAACAGGGGACUUGUCGUUACCCAACGUAAAUUUGCUCUUGAUCUUCUACAAGAGUUCAAUUGUCUGGAUUGUCGUGUUGUGUCUACUCCUUUGGAUCCCAAUUUGAAACUUUCUGCUACUUCUGGUUCUCCUUUGCCAGCUACUUUGAUUCUUGCUUUUUGCGAUGCGGAUUGGGUGUCUUGUGCUGACACUCGUCGAUCCGUGAGUGCUGAGGUAGAAUACCGCUCUAUAUGUAGUCUUGUCGCUGAAAUCACUUGGAUUGUUCGCCUUCUUCAUGACCUUAGUGCUCCACCUUCAUUGCCUAUUCCUCUUCAUUGUGACAACCAGGCUGCGAUUCAUAUAGCUAAAAAUCCAGUUUUUCACGAAUAUACGAAGCACAUCGGGCUCGAUUGCCACUUCGCCCGUGAGAAGCCCCUUGAUGGUUUAAUUUCUUUAACUUUUGUUCCUUCUUCUUCUCAGUUAGCCGAUCUGUUCACCAAAGCUCUUGCUGGACCCUCACAUCGAUUCCUUCUUGGCAAGUUAGGAGUCCGUUCACCGGCCUCCCACUUGAAGGGGGGCUGUUGGAACUACUGUUAUUGA